AAGAUUAAUUUGAUAUUUAGGAGAGAGAGUUGCCCCCCAGCAUUAGAAAAUAUGGAAGUAACAACUUUGUCCAACAUCAUACUCUGCAUCUCCAUUUUCCUCUUUGCAUUAGUUUUCAAAUCCAUCAUACAAAAACGUCCAACUUCAGGAAAUUUACCGCCUAGCCCUCCAGCUUUGCCAAUCAUAGGCCAUCUCCAUCUUCUAAAAGAACCAUUUCAUCGAACUCUUCAUCAACUUUCACAAAAAUAUGGCCCCAUUCUCCUCCUUCAGUUCGGAACUCGUAAAGUCCUUAUAGUCUCCUCAGCAUCAGCAGCCGAAGAGUGCUUUACAAAAAAUGAUAUCAUCUUUGCAAAUCGCCCUCAGAUGCUUGCUGGCAAACACCUCAAUUAUAACUAUUCUACCAUAGGAUUAGCACCCUAUGGUGAUUAUUGGCGUAACCUUAAGCGUCUCACUACCGUGGAGCUCUUCUCCACAAGCCGGCUCGCCAUGUUUGCCAGCAUCCGGCAAGAGGAAGUGCAGUUAUUGCUAAAGGAACUAUUCCUGGCCUCCACCAGGAAACCGGCAAAGGUGGAACUUUCAUCAAAGCUUAUGGACCUUGUUUUCAAUAUUAUUCUAAGGAUGAUUGCCGGAAAGCGAUAUUACGGUAAAGAUGUAGUGGAUAAAAAAGCCAUGGAGUUUCGAGACAUCAUGAAAGAGGCCACGGAGAUCCAUGGAAGCACAAAUUUGAACGACUUUUUUCCUGUGCUUCAGUGGGUUGAUUUCCAAGGUGUAGAGAGGAAGAUGAAGAGAACCAUGAAGAAACUUGACAAAUUCUUAGAGUUCCUUCUUGAAGAGCAUAGAGAGAUGAGGGCAGACUCAACCCAUCCGUCUUCGGGUUCAUCUGAUGCAAGCAACAAAGCCACAAAAACAACUUUGAUCGAUGUCAUGUUAUCCUUGCAACAAACUGAACCGGAAUUCUAUACUGAUGAAACCAUAAAAGGAACUAUAUUGGCAGUACUAGGUGCUGGAACAGAAACUUCAUAUGUGAGCAUGGAAUGGGCAAUUUCGCUUCUUCUUAAUCAUCCUGAAGCCAUGCAUAAAGCUUGGACUGAAAUAACUGCUGAAGUGGGACAAGACAAGUUUUUAGAUGAAACAGACCUGCCAAAGUUGAAUUAUCUACAAUCCAUAAUUUCAGAAACUAUGAGGUUAUUUCCACCAGCACCAUUGCUAUUACCACAUGAAUCAUCAGAAGAUUGCGUGGUUUGUGGAUAUAGUGUACCACAAGGAACAAUGUUAUUUGUUAAUGCGUGGACCAUCCAAAGGGACCCUAAGCUUUGGGAGGAGGCCACAAGAUUUAUGCCAGAGAGAUUUGAAGGUGGGGAAGAAGGUGGAGGGUGUAAACUACUUCCUUUUGGUGUGGGAAGGCGGGCUUGCCCUGGGGCUAAUCUAGGCAGGAAAGUGGUAGGAUUGGUAAUUGGUUCCUUGAUUCAGUCAUUUGAGUGGAAUAGGAUUGGUGAGGAGGAAACCGAUAUGAGGGAAGGCACGGGGCUCACCAUGCCGAAAGCUGAGCCCUUGGUAGCUUUGUGUAGUCCUCGCCCAGGCAUGGUGAACCUCCUGUCCACAAUCUGAGACAUUUGUAUAGGCGAGCACAUCAGGAUGCACUUUAUUCAGCAUAAUGCAUAUAUACAUGAUCUUUCUUUUUUUAUAAUAAAAAUAAAGACGAAUGCUUUCUUAGAA